UAUUGUUAUUUUCCAAUGGACUUUUUAUUAAAGGUAAACCAUGGGCGGAUGAAAGAAAGUGAAGCGCGUAGAUAUUUCCAGCAGCUUAUAAAUGCUGUUGAUUAUUGCCAUAGCAGGGGUGUCUACCACCGAGACCUAAAGCCAGAAAAUUUGCUAUUAGAUGUUUCUGGAAAUCUUAAAGUUUCUGAUUUUGGUUUAAGUGCUCUCUCCCAGCAAGUCAAGGAUGAUGGACUGCUGCAUACUACAUGUGGAACGCCAAAUUAUGUCGCUCCUGAGGUCCUUAAUGAUAGAGGCUAUGAUGGGGCAACUGCAGAUUUGUGGUCAUGUGGGGUGAUUCUCUUUGUAUUGCUUGCAGGUUACCUGCCUUUCGAUGAACCUAAUCUUGUGAACCUAUAUAAAAAGAUCUCAGCUGCUGAAUUUACUUGCCCCCCUUGGCUUUCUUUCAGUGCCAGGAAACUGAUCGCUCGAAUCCUGGAUCCAAACCCUGCAACUCGUAUCACGGUAUCGGAGAUUCUAGUAGAUGAAUGGUUUAAGAAAGAUUACAAGCCUCCUGUUUUUGAGGAGAAAGGAGAGGGCAACAUUGAUGAUGUUGAAGCCGUCUUUAAAGAUUCCAAAGAGCACCAUGUGACCGAGAAGAAAGAAGAACAGCCAACACCUAUGAAUGCAUUUGACUUAAUCUCCAUGUCCAAAGGGCUGAACCUUGAAAAUUUGUUUGAUAUAGAGCAGGGAUUUAAAAGGGAAACAAGAUUCACUUCAAAAUGCCCUGCCAAUGAGAUAAUCAACAAGAUCGAAGAAGCUGCAAAACCUCUUGGUUUCGAUGUGCGCAAGAAAAAUUACAAGAUGAGGCUUGAAAACGUAAAGGCUGGAAGGAAAGGAAACCUUAAUGUUGCCACAGAGGUAUUUCAAGUGGCACCUUCCCUUCACAUGGUUGAGGUGAGGAAAGCAAAAGGUGAUACGUUGGAGUUCCAUAAGUUUUACAAAAAUCUAUCGACAACUCUCAAGGAUGUCGUCUGGAAAAGUGAAGAUGAUAUGCAAGAACCAAAGUGAAAUCAUCGAUAUUGUUGUCAUGUGUAGUUUCUUCAUGGCUUAUGAUGCUGUCAUUUUUCCAGUUUCCUGGUUUAAUUUUCCCAACAAACUACCCUGUUGGAGGUUUGAUUGGACAUAUAUGAUCAUCAUCACAUGGCUUUCUGGGUUAUUAUUGUGAGAAAGCAUGCAUAAUAGUUCAUGUAAGUAUUGCCAGUCAACAGCUGAAUCAUGUUAAUGAAACAUCUGCAAAUCAUAUGGAUGUAUUGUCAGUCAA